AUGCCGCAACAUCGGAAACAAGUGAAUGAUAGUUGCACUGUUCAAAACCAACCACAAUCUCGUGUUAUUCACAGGCCAAUCCCCAUUACAGCAUCAUCUGUUGUGCUGUCUCCUUUUGAACUAGUUACUCCAAGGAUGCCUGUUAAGACAGUUGCUGAUGUUCCAGAUUCAGUACCAUCUGGGCACUGGUUUCAUGGAAAUAUUAGUCGUGAAGAUACCGAAAGGCUUCUUAAACAUCAUUCUGUCAAUGGCACUUUUCUGAUACGUUUCAGCACAUCAACUCAUAAAUAUGUUCUCAGUGUCAUCUACAAUCAACAGCUGUAUCAUUAUCCGAUAGAGGAGCUUUCUGACGGAUUUUAUCAGGUGAAUGGAACAAAUGCUAAAUAUUUAGGCAUUGAUUUGCUUGUAUCAGAAUUUAGACGUGCAAACAAUUGUAUUGUUUGUUCGUUAGGAAAACCAGCUCCAGGUGUUCGACCACCUCCUCAUAUUACUGUCUAUGGUGUAACCAAUGAUUUACAUCAUGCUGUAAGGAAAGCAAAUCUUAAGGGUGUCCGUGAUCUCUUCACUCGUGUCACUUCUAUGGGUGGAAUCAGUUUAUCAGAUUAUGUAAAUGAGAAAUCAGCUGACAGUGGUGCUACUCCAUUAAUUGAAGCUGCUAAGACAGGCUCCAAUGAUAUUGUUCGUCUUUUACUUGAACACAAUGCAUCGGUAAAUCUAAGAGAUUGUGGUGGAUUUACAGCACUACAUCGUGCAUGCCAAAAAAGUUUUGCUCAUGUCGCUGAAACUCUCUUGCGUGUCGGUCGAGCUAAUCCACAAAUCAAAUGUCCAUUUUCGGGGAAUACAGCAUUGCAUGAAGCAGCAAUGUUGGGUCAUGCCGACUGUGUCAAUUGUCUCCUACGUUAUCAUGCUGCUCCGUGGGCAAGAAAUGCUGAAGCGGAAAUGCCUUUCGAAUUAGCCCUACGCUAUGGAUUUGCUGAUUUAGCUGCUGCACUAGCUGGUUAUAAACCUGCUCCAGCGAUUACAACUCAGAGUGAUUGGUUUCAUCCUUCUCUGUCGAAAUCUGAAACAGAUAAAAUAUUUUCAAAUUGUUUAGCAACAAAAGAUGGUGCAUUUUUAAUACGACGAUCAUCACAGUCAGAGAGGAAAUUUGUCCUUGUCCUAUACUAUCAACAUCAAACAUUAAAAUAUCAAAUUGAAGUAGUCGAUUUCUCAUUUCAUAUGGAUACAAAAGAAGCAUAUUUUAUUGAUAAGGGUCCACUUCAUUUAUCCUUGGAACAUUUAGUUGAGCAUUACAGUCGUUUUGCAGAUGGUAUCCCUGUACGCCUACACUAUGCUAUAUCACCAUCUGGUCGAGUUACUAAUAUAGAACAAUUAACACCACAAAAUUUAGACAGUAAUAAUGGUCGAGAAUUACGCAAAGUUGAAUCAUCCGCUUCUAGUGGUGGUGGUGAUGCAUGGGCACUGAGAACAAUUUCAUCCAGUAUACACGGUGGUCGUAUGGGUGCACCGUUGUCUAUGUCAAUAGCUAAAGGAAAUUCACGUCAUGGACAGAAUAAAUCGAAUCAGGGAAAACAUCAUAGUUCUUCAAGUUCAGGCAUCUCUGGUGUGUCUAGUGGCGGUGGUCUCCUUCCAGUUGCUGCCGGUUUACAAUUAACUGCUUCUGGUACUUCAUGUGUUGGAUCAACUAGUGGAUCAGGUGAACUUCGACUAAUCCCCAGUGAUGCAGUUAUCCUGUUGUAUAGACUUGGUGAAGGCGAGUUCGGUGAAGUGUAUCGUGGUAGAUUGCAUUUGGAUAGUGGGUUAAUUCAAGAAGUAGCUGUUAAAGUUCUUGUUCAACCAUCACAACGUUUAGACUUUUUAAAAGAAGCCACAAUUAUGAUGCAGCUGUCACAUCCACAUAUAAUAACCAUCUAUGGUGUUUGUGAAAAUAAACGAUUAAUGAUGAUAUUGGAGUUAGCUGAACUUGGCAGUCUCUUAGACUAUUUGUUAGAUUAUCCAGAAAAAUGCCAGUUGCCAGAGUUAUACAAUUGGAGUAUGCAGAUAGCCAGUGGUAUGAGUUUCUUGGAAUCGGCUAGAUUCGUUCAUCGUGAUCUAGCCUGUCGUAAUGUUCUCUUAUCAAAUCAUUCAUGUGCAAAAAUCUCUGAUUUUGGCCUAUCUCGUGCUGUCGGUGUCGAAUCUGACUACUACAAGGCAACUCAACGGGGUAAAUGGCCAGUGAAGUGGUACGCUCCAGAAUCAAUCUAUUAUAAAACAUUUAGUCAUGCAAGUGAUGUAUGGUCAUUCGGUAUUUGUUUAUGGGAAAUGUUCUCACUAGGUGAACAUCCUUAUGCCGACCAGGAUAGUUUUGAAGUAUUACGUCAAAUUGAAGAAGGCGUCCGUUUGCCAAGACCUCAUCUAGCUAAUGAUGAUGUCUUUGCUAUCAUGCACGACUGUUGGGCGUAUAAUCCAGAUGCUCGACCAACAUUUGCUCAGUUGUUGGCUGUUUUUCAACAUCUUGCUACAAAUGUUUAUGAGAAUGUUGAACCACCGGAAGUUGUUGUCGCUGCCGGUGGUAAUCCCGCUGGUAAUGUUUGUAAUAAAGCUGUGAUGAAAAAUGGUGUAGGCAGUGGGGGUAAUAAUCCGCCUACACAGACUAGUGGUACUUCCCCAGGUAUUACAACAACCACGGCCACUACGGUUACUCCAUUACUCAGUGAUGUCAGCGAUCGACGAUCAGCUGGUUGUACAAAUGUGCGUAUUCCUAAUGUUGUUAACACUAACGGAUCAUGA